UUAAUACAUUCAAUAAUUUUAAGUGUGUGUUUUUAACUGUAUUAAACGACUGUACGAAGCGUAUUAGCAAAUUUAUUCGAUGUCGACAUUAUAGCCCUUGGAGGAUCGAUCGAGCUGCCAGCAGACGACGUUUUCUGACAGCGGUGGAGGAGGACGAGUAGGACCUAUACUAACGACUCUCUUACGCCACGCCCGUACCACCUCCGCCGCCCCUUCCUGUCCGCCCACGACAAUCAUGUGAGGUACCUUAAUCCGAAAAUAGAUCAUAGAUGCUCCCGCCCGUAUAGUUGAUCCGUAUUUGCGAUGACUAGUAGUAGGAGUCGUCAGGCCACACCUUCCGUUCAAGAGUGAAAGCAGCCUUCACUAUGGAGGACUAUAAGUUUCUUUUCAAGGUGGUGCUAAUUGGAAAUGCUGGUGUCGGGAAAACUUGUCUGGUGCGCCGGUUUACACAGGGGCUUUUCCCUCCGGGGCAGGGAGCUACUAUCGGCGUGGAUUUUAUGAUUAAAACUGUAGAGAUUGAAGGAGAAAAAAUAAAGUUACAGAUCUGGGACACAGCAGGACAGGAAAGAUUUCGUUCUAUUACACAGUCGUAUUAUCGAUCUGCUCAUGCCCUCAUCCUAGUGUAUGAUAUAUCCUCGCAACCUACCUUUGACUGUUUACCUGACUGGCUCCGGGAAAUUGAGCAGUAUGCUAGCUGUAAGGUCCUGAGAGUACUUGUAGGAAAUAAAACUGAUCGAGAAGAUCGGGAACUUCCUACGCAUGUAGGCGAAGAAUUUGCACAUCGCCACAACAUGUACUUUAUUGAAACUUCAGCUAAAGAAGCUGAUAAUGUAGAAAAAUUAUUUAUCGAAAUUGCAAAGGAACUUACGCAGCUUGUGCGUAGUGGGCAUUUUGAUAAGGAUAGCAAAGUUGGUGAUCUCUCUCCUCAAGAUGUAUCAAAUGUCACUCUACCUCCAACUAGGGAGACGCGUUCCGAGUUUGCUUGUUGUUCUCGUUGGAUUUCUUCAUCUACGACGUAGCUGAGUAUCCCUCAGAGGUGUUAAUGAGACGUGGUUUGUUAAGAAUUUUAUACUGGAUGAAUAAUGGUACCCUGGUUUUUUCACCGAUAUGCUUUUCACAGUAUAUUUUAUUUUUAUACUCUCCAAAUAGGCAUUUAGGUUCUCUCUAAGUUGCUACUUAUUUUGUACAAUUGUGUCUCAGUCGUGUAAGUUUUAUUUUUUCAUCCUGAAUGAGAAGUGAAUACUACUUCGGAUUCUUAUAUUUAUUUUAAGUUGAAUUUAAAUUUAAAUACUUGUACCUUACAACUUUUCAAAUAGAUACUCAUAUUUAAGUUACUGAUAUUAAGUGCUAAACAUGUGAAUGGUUGCAUUUAUUUUUUGUAGAUGUACAUUCCAAACCAUGCUCAUACGUUUUUAUUGUAAAUGGGAAUGGUCUUUUUUUUUUUUAUGGAAACCGACUUUUUACAGCAGUCAGUUUAGUAGCUGUACAAUUGCACCUUCACUCAUUCUGUGAAACUCUCUUUGUCUUGAUGUCACGUUAUAAACUUAUCGACUCGUAUUUGUAUGAACGUCUAAGGUAACUUAUCCUCAAAUUGGGCUGUGAUAAAGUAAUGAAGAAAUAUAAAGAUCAUAAUUAAAAAGCAGCUGUCAUAAGGUAUUGAAUACGAUUCACCGUAUUUUGUUUGCCUUAGCUAUAUUGGAAUAAGUUUAGUUAAAAUAAUUGUAUUAUUUUUAUGAUUGUUUUUAUUUUUUAUUCGAGUUAGUUGUGGGAAAUUAGGGGAGAGUUCGAGAAAUGGAUUAAUAGACCUUAUGCUUACGCAGUUGUCUGUUGUACUUGUACGUACAUGGUUGGGUAAGCUCUACACUGCACAUAACAUGAACUCUAUAUUCUUGGAAUUUACCCCUUUUAGAUUUAACAGUUUGUUUGAUAAGACUCAAGGAUUCAACUUAAUGUGGUCCAGUUUGAAAACUAUCGCAUAUUUCUCGGACUUUUACGCUUUUCUUAAUUGUUUUUAUCAACUUGGUAAACUAGGGUCUCAGGUUUGCCUGUACGGGCCUGUUUUAUCAUCGAACAUCUUUCUACAGCAAUUAAGAAGCAUUUUUAAUAUUUAAGGGAGAUACGAAAUGUAUUUGAAGUGGACAUUUGUUUUGGAAAAUUCCUUAACUUGUUUUCGUAUAAGAUUGUGUGGUACAUUCUAAAAGAUGAAUCUGGAAUUUGUAUAGUCGACAGAUGUCAGAUGUUGCGUACAAUUAUGAAAGGAGGCUUGUGAGAGAUAACUCUUCUGUUCAGUUUGUUGAUGUUUCGCAAUAAGGUACUCAUACAUGUGACUAUUUUCUAUCGCCCCUGAAAGAAACGAAGAAGUUUGUAGUAGUUUUACUGCAAAAAUGUUGAAGAAGGAAAUCAUUCCUAGAUAUUAAGGUGCCACUUGAUUUAUUUGUGAUUUGUUGUGCCAAAAGUUUAGUUUUAAUGUAUGCACUACGAUAUUUUACAUUUCACGUAUAAAAGCAUGAAUGUACACAGUUACAUACAUAGUCUGUUUUUUGCUGCAUGUAUUCAAUUCUGCUCUCUUAUUUUUUAAUAAUUUAUUUAUGAAACUCUAAUGUAAAGGAUCUAAAUUCUUGAUUCAAAUUUUUGUCCUCAUGUUGCAUUUUCUUUUUUAUCAGAAGUAAUGGUAAAGUUUGCAUUUAGAACCUUAUAUUCACUAAGAACAGUACCCUGUAGAUUAUUUUGCUAAUGGUUCUAUCUUGUAUAUUGUUUUCUUGGUCUUAAUAAUUUUACUUUGAGCAGUAGAAGUUAAUUUUGUACAUUAUUCACGCUGGAGUUAAUUAUUUUUGAGUAGACCUGUAAUUUCCUUAGGAUUUUCAUAAAAGAUUAUGAUAUUGUAAGCCUAUAAUGUGUAUCAUGAGAAUAAAAAAGGAUUUAUGAAAUCUUGUUUGGUACUUCUGCUGCAGUAGUAGUACUAGUAGUAUGUACUGCCACCAAGAUUAUGAUAAAUCAGGCGUUUUUAGACUUUCUGGAAAUAUGCAGUGAUUAAACCUCAACAAUGAACUUAUUUUGUCUAAUAUAUCAUUGAAUCUUUUAAAUUAAAGUUGGUUAUUUGCAUUUUAUGUACUUAGCAAUUUUUACUUUUUUAUUUCAUUGAUUAAAAUUACUAUUUAUGUUGGCUUCUCUUCUUUACGAAGACUUCAAAGUAUAGAAUUCCUUCAUUUGCCUUCAUGUGAUGGUUGUCAGCACAAAACUUCAUGAUAUAACUCUGUUUCACUGUUUAUGUUAGUUUUGAUUAUACCUUAUGAGCAGUGAUUAAAUGCAUCUGUAAACAAAAAAAAAAACAUGAACCUAGCACAGAGAAGUUUGUAUAUCAAAUCUGUGUUUGGACACUUAGGAUUUGUAUGGUUCCCUACCCAUAGGUAUUUAGGUUGAUUAUGUUUACAGUGUAUCGUUAAGAAUGUUCAUUGUUUUUUUUUUCCUGAAGGGAAGUUGUCAAAUAGCAGAUCUUUUCCUGUGGUUGCUUUGAAAUAGUUUUAUAGUUUAACUUCUAGAUGCAGUUUUUUGAAAUGUGGUACCCUGCUAUAAUUCUCUUUCAGGAAUAUGCCGUUUGAUUCUAGUCGUAACUGUGAACUUCCUUUUGUUUAUGUAGUCUUUAUUUUGUAAGCCGAUGUUACCUACAGAUAAGGUAUAGGCCAGUGCUUUAGAAUCAUAAAACUUGCAUUCUUAAAUGUUAAGUUAUUUUGGUACAUAAUGUAAGGUUUAGGUUUAUAAACUUGGUUUAUGUUACUUUUAAAUUUCUGUUUUGUGUUUAAAAUGAUUUUUGUAUUUUAUCUGUCAUUCAUAGUUCUUGUCAGCUUUUGAACCCUAGUCAUUAAGUAUUUAUGUUAUAUAGCAUUUACUAUUGUAUAUGUGUAGCAUAUAUUGCCAUACAAAUAUGCUACACAUAUGCUUAGAAAGUCCAAGGUACUGAAUAUUUAUAGCUUUUUUUCAAUAUCAUAUUGCAUUUUAUACAUAUGAGCAUUUUUUCUAACAGUCCUCUUAAAACUGGAUUUGUCUUCACUGACAUCAAUGCCUUUAGUUUGUAUUCUGUCUGUAGAAUUCUUUUGAUCAUUUUAGAUUUCCUUUUAACCUUGUUUCUGGUUGAACAUCGGUUCAUUACCAUCACCUGGUUUGAAACCCAAAAUAUUUCUGAUUUUCAUGUCAUUCUUAUUUAUCCAAAAGUUGCUCAAGAUAAAUGCUCAAAUAACUUGCUACACUUUAGUUUUCAUCAUUGCUUGUCCUAGUCAGGAUGUGAUUCCAUACCAUAUCUGCGUCAUUAUUCUGCAUUUUCUUAUGUAAGUGUAGAAUAUGUUGACCUUUUAAUCAUUUUCCUAAAUUGGUAAAUUACUUUUUAUUGUCAUCACCUGAAGCAACAUUAGUUACGCAUUAUCAUUAGUGACAUGAAUGAUAAAAAGCAUUAGUUUAUUCAGUUUCAUUCUAAACUUUAGCUUUAUUUCUGUAAUUUACCAGCCCAUUUUGCUAAAACUUUUGUUAAAGUGAAGCUCAAGAGAGUAUGUCAAGCUUUUUUUUUAUCUUUUUUUUUUUAUCUUCCUUUAAGGACUGAUCAGAUCUUUACCAGAAUAAUUUAUCUAAAUUUUCAAGACAUGUAUCACAUUUUCAAGACAUGUAUAACAUUGCACCUUUUCUUCUGUGAUGAAUAGUUACCAAUAUUCUUGGUACUUUAUUAAUUUCUGUAGCUUGUCACCUUUUGAUUUGUACUAAUUUCCAAUUCAAUUGCGAAUGUAAUGAUCUGACCUUUUCAGCUUCAAAAUGUUUAAAAUCACUCAAAGACCAACAAGUAUCCAUAUUUUCAGAACCUUUAUCCGUCUCUAUAGUUUGAAGAGAUCUCCCAUGUUACUCACGCACUACCACUCACAUUGUGACCAGUUAGCCAAAAAAUGGUAGUUCUUGAAAGAAAAGCUUUUGUCAUUCUCCAAGGAGAGCUUCGUACCACUAGGAGAAACCCCCAUUCCCAAUUUUGUUUUGAAUCUAUUGAUUAAAUGGCUCCUGGAAGUAGAUUCAUGCGGGAAAAUAAAUGAACUCUUCAUCAGAAGACGACCCUGUUUAUUGUAUAGCUGGUCAUGCUGUAAGGGAUAUUUCAUGAGACUAGUAAAAUAUGUAAUUAUUACAUACUUUAGAUUUUGUAUUUUUUCCUUUUAUUUUUCAUUAUCAUAGCUUGAGUUUGCUUUUACCUCAUUAGCUGCUAAAUUUAAGGAAUCAUAUUCUGUGUCAGUGACCUUUAUUGCCAGUUAAAUUAUUUUGUUUUACGUCCCGUCAUUAUAUUUACCCCUUCUUUGAUCUUUCCAAAUAUAUCACUUACAUCAGUCUUGUUCUUGGAGGCAAACUUGAAUAGUGCACAUGUUUUGAGUGUUGUCAUUUAUGAUCCUGUUUUUGUGCUUAUGUGGAACCGGAGUCAAUAAAAGAAUGGUUUUGCUUUUUGGCUUUACAUCUUCCAGUGUCUGCUCAUAUAUUUCUCCAGCAAGUAGACUGAAGGGAAAGAUAAAAGUGGCAGAAUUUCACAGAGGCCUCUUGCAUUAUGAAACGUUGGGAGGAGAUGGUGAAAUUUCAUCCAGUUGUACUAUAAUAGUUAACAUCAUUUUGUUCUUUUUAUGAGUUUUACGCAUUCUCUUCAAUUCAUGGCUUAUCAGGAAAGCUAUUUCUGUUUUAAAUUUUCUUAGUAUUUGGUUUUCAGUAUGUAAUUUUUAUCAAAUUCUGGCAGCUUGCAUGGUCAUGUGGGUACCAUAAACAAAAAAGAUUUGUCAUGGUUUCUUCCUCUAAUGUAUCUUUAAAGUUGCCACUUAAUGAUUUGGUUAAAGGUAAUGCAUUAUUCUUCUGCUUUUAGUGAAUUGAUUUCUUGGUAAGAUAUAAUUAUCAAGCAAGUCUAACUAGUACCUGUCUUCUAUCCUGUGUAGUUCACCAGUUAUCUUUGCCAAAUUAAAACCCACUGCAAUUAUUGUUAUGUACAAUGCACAUUCAAACUCUUACCAUAUUCAUUUUGAAAUAGGGAAAGAGUACACAGACUACAACUGUGUCUUGUGAUCUUGGGUCCAUUUAAAUAAUAAGGGUCCAACUGCUUAGUUCUUAUUGCCAGAUGUUGUUUUCAGGGACUUCAGUUCUUUCUUGCACCCAGUGUCCUCAUUUCGCUCUCUACAGUGCAUGAUCUCUUAAUUAUUAUGGUUUACAGACAGACCCCAUGCUUUCUUGACAAAUUUUCCCAUUCUUUCAAGAUUUUACGUAAAAGCCAUACUAUACUUUAAAGAAGGGAUAAGAAAGAAUCAUUAUCUGGUGUACAGCAGAUUGGUUAUCAGUGAAUGCAUUAAUAUAAAGUAUCUGGACUUCCUUAUCCACUCCUACUACUGAUUUCCGUGUGAUAAGUGUUUUCUUUGUGUGUUGCACAUGACAAAUCUUUUUAAUAAUAUAAUAAUAUUCUGUGUCUGUUGUCAGCCCAGUCUCUUUAUUAGAAAAUCUUAGGAUAAAAGAUUAAGAGCUGCAAAGUAUUGUCUGAAUUUCCUAGUUUCAAUUGUUUUUGCAAAGAAACAACUACUGAUUCUAAACUUUUUCCAGUUUUUUCUUCAUCAAGAAGGUGGUUUAUUUAUAGAUUAAUUUGCUUUUGAUAGCCAAGUCAAUUUGAAGAUGAUCUCAAUGCAUAGCAUACUAAUUGCAGUACUAGUGUGUGUGAAUGAAUGUGUUUGAAACAUAACAGUCACUUUCAGAACUCUUCUUUCAUUCUCUGCUUUCUUUGGUGGCAUUGGGAAUCCAUUUCACAAGUAAAAAUGAACCAGCAGUUUCCAGUUUUCAUCUUAGAUGAAUGUCAUUAUGUAUUAUCUAGCUUUAAUUUAAUCUUAAUUUCAUUGAUGAUUUAGUAGUAGAGCUUUACAUUGUAAAGGAUGGACUUUUGUCCUUUUGUGUUUCUACUAAUGAUAUAAUAUAGUUUGAUUUUUCAAAGCUUUCACUUGAAGUCAUUUAAUGUUAGUCGUAGCACUUGUUAUGCUAAUAUGAAUAGUUAGCUGCGUGAAAGUCUGUGACAUUGAAUUAAGCUCUUAAAAUAAUGGAAGGCGUUGUUACCGUAAAGGCAGAUUAACCAAGAAAGUGUGGGAUACUGGAAGAGGUGCAAGCUUCCAUAUGACCCUUCUCGUCCCAGCUGCAGAAUUGAAGGAAAAGGAUAUCUAUCUUGAGAGAGGGUAGUUUUAGGCAUUGUUUUCACUUUUUGGAGAUAGAAACAAACCUAAUGUAUUUGUCAGUACGUCUCGCUUUACUAGAAACUGGAAAGGGCAGAAUUAUAAGUAUCUCAUUUAUUAUAUUUCUUCUAUACAGUAUUUACAGGUUUCAUAUUGCUAGCAAAAAAUCACAUAGAUAUUACCACGCUAUAACUGUUUGGAGUACAUGCCUCAUUGUUCUUUUUAUUUCUUUAAAAAUGUUGUAGCAUCUCUGGUCAUUUUCUCCUAGUUAUCACUGUUUAACUUGACCUCUGUUAUGUGUACCUGUGCUGUAUCUUGAGUUUCUGUUAUUCUAAACAGGACCAGUUUAUGGUUUUGAAACCUGCUUUAUCGUAUGUGGACAAUGAAGCCUGUUGAUGUUUUUGUACUGUAGUGGGGCUUGGGAAAUUUUAUAGUUAUGUAAAGUUUAUCACAUCAAGAACAUUCCCUAGGUUUAUUAGGAGUAUGGGUGAUCUGAAAUUUUAACCUUAAAUCUUUUUAACGAAAUGGAUUCAUAGACAUAAUCUUAGGUUCAGAGUCUGUGCUGUCAGAAUUCUCUCGAUUAGAUAUUUUCAGAGCGUUCAGGUUUCUUUGCUCAGCCUCUUGGAUGUGCUUCAGAAAUUCCAGUCAGUGACUGUUGGCAGUGUAAACCCAUAACAGAUCUUCAACUCCAGCUGUUCUUGCUCUCAGGCAAGCAAGUCGUGUGUUUAUGGGGUUUCAAGCUCUCAUAUUGAGACCAAGGAAGCACUUCGUAUAGGGCAAGUUCAUAUGAAAUUUAGAAUGAAAUAAGUCUCUUGUUAAUGUAAAUUAAAUUUGGUUUUAACAGCCAAAGUAUGUCUAUUUUUUGAAGUUUUUGAAUUAGAGAAUGUAUUAAUGCAAGUACUUUUCAUUGCUCUUUGGUAAGUAUGGUUGGACUGGGAACAAUUAUUUUUUCAUAUGUAAUUGUAUGUCAGAGGUUAAUGCUUUUUUAUCAGCACUGUUCUCCAUAUUCUUAGGCUGUCAUGAAUAUACAAAAUGUCACAAACUGUUUGUUGUUACUGUCUACCUUUGGUAACACUUCAUAAAGUCUUUUAAACGUUAACUACACACCAUAUAGUACAUCAUUAAACUAUUUGAUAGUGUUUUUAUUUUUAUUACUGGAACUAGUAUUACUUUCAGACCCUAAAUGCUUAUAAAGGAAAUGGAAACUUUCAUGAUUUCACUGAGAAAGGCAAAGUGACCAAAGAUACCUUAUUAACGCAAAAUCAAAUGUAUCCCUGAUUGCUUUAAGAGGAUGAAUCAUAAUACAUUUCAAGAAAACUACUUGUAUAUACAUACUGAAAUUCACUGAAGUCUUCUAUAUACUUAUAUGUACUGCAAGAGCCAGGAGGAAGUAUUAAAAGCAUAGGUACCUAGUGCUUUUGUGUAUUUAAUAUACAUACUAAUUAUUUCAGGAUACUACUACACUGAAGAGGUGUAUGUUAAAUUCAUGAAAGUGCUUUGCUCCUAUCCCUUUUAAUACUUCCUUCUGGGCCUUGCAGUACAUUUAGUCAUGUGAUCCUUGUGAACAGUAUAGCAUACAUACAUGUUGACCUUUAAGCUUAGCAGGUGUUGCAAGACAUCUGCAGAAAACUUGUCUUGUGGCUGGAAUCCUUAUUCUUGAAGGGCCAACGUUGUUAAACAGAAUGAAACUGAUUUGUGGUCUCUACUAACGUAUUAUGAAACUCUCAGGGCUUUCAACACUAGUUACUGUAAAUAGCAAGUAAUAAAAUCAAGACCUGGAGUGAACAUCAAUUGCAUGUAAAUACAAUAUUUCCAUUAUAUUACGAAAGGAAAAUAUUCACUUCAGCUUACCUGUCCAAAGUAGUUUAUAACAAAUUAGUUUAAACAGUACACAAAGUCAUCGCCAGUCUCUUGGUACUAUCCUGUUUGUCAUUUAUUAGUUUUCUUUCAUAGUGAAGUUUGUUGACUGUAAAUGAUGACAUCAUUUACAGUCCAUUAUAUUGGUUUAAUCAUGAGACUGAUCAUGUUUGGAGGAAUUGUUUUCAUGUAUUUUUGGCAUAAUAAAAACAAUAUUUUAGAUUUCUUAUGCUCCCUUUUUCCUCACAGUUAGGUAGAUUAAUUCCCUUUCCACUCGGAGGAAAAUUUCUCUAUAAAUGAUGUAUUGUAUACUGAAAUUUGCCCAUAAUGCAAAAUCAAUGACUGUAGUAUUUAUUAUUUAGGUCUGGCCACUAUUUCUGUAUGGUUUAUAUGUACGUAUAGUAUGUUGAAAAGUGAAUAACCCAUCUCCAUUACUUUUGCAGUUGUUAUUGACAAAGGUAUGAUGAUAAAUGUUCCAAAUUUGUUGAUAACCAGGAUUAAAUGUAUCUCUAACAGUUGAGACUGUUUUGGGAAUCAUCCUUGAAGUUCAGCCACCAGUUGAAGUGUAGUGUGAAUUAGGAUUAAGACGAAUUCCUUGUAUUUCGUAUACAAACCUUGCCCUGUUAUAUUAUAAAACUAUUAACAGGAUUGCUCGAUGUUAUGGGUUCAUAAAAGAAAUAUUUCUGAUGUGAUAAAGAUGACAAAAACUCUGUGGCAUGCAGUGUCAUAUGAGUCCUUCGGUUGCCUUUGAACUUCCAUGUUUUUGUGUGCUUUUAAGUGUUUUCGUCUAGUUUUUAACAGAAUAUUUAACUUUCAUUGCAAAAAUAAUUUGGUGGUUUGUAUUUGCAUAAAGCUUUUUCUCCUUGAACUUCCUUCCUCUUGACUUUGAAUUAAUUUUAUAUUUAUACCAUGCAUGUAUAAAGGAUAAUUUCAAAUAUGGUUUUACUUUGUAUUUCUACUUUGAGUCUUGUUCAGCAAGAACAGGAGGUUUGUCAUGGGACCAUUCUACACUUUUUCAUUGUUGUAAUAUUUAUAUUGAGAACUUUCUUCAUAGGUAUAGACUCCAGGAAGAACAAAUAGGAACUACAGUAUAUAUGACAUUUAUCAUUUUUAUAAUCAUUAUAACUCAGCAUAAUGGUGUCACCAGCAGAUGGGGAUAAUUUCAUAAUGCUUGUGUACAGUAUUUCAAUUUCUAUAAGGGUUAGUCUACUAUAGAAACAGGCUUGAAAUUCUGUAAUUAACUUUUAUUAGCCGUAUUCAUAAUUGUAAACAUUACCCAAAAAUUAUCGAUUACCUUGAAAGGGGAAAUAUUACUCAUUUAGUUCUUGCAUUUUGUAGGUAGAUGUUAUGACUCCUUUCCUAGACUACUGACAAAGCUGUAGAGACUUUUGUUUCAAGAUUUCCAUUGAAACUCGGUACUCGUAAAUGCCCUGAUUAUAUCUGAUUUAAGAAUUAUCAUGUAAGAGUACAGGGAUGGGAGUAGAAGCUGUAGACAAUCUAGUAUAUUCAGUAAUGACAACGCAGGCCUUUGCCAAAGGACUAUGUAUCAUUCUUUGCUUUAGAUUUUUUCAUACUAUUCCUUAAGAUCACAUCAGUGUAUACAUUCAAAACUCAACAAGCAUUACACUACCAAAUGGCCUACAUAUCAAGCAUUGUUCUGAGUUUGUUUCAGGAUAGUUUAACAAAUUACAAAUUACUUAGCAUUUGGUUAGGACUUUUUUCGGUACAGGUUAAAGAAGUGGAGUUAUGGAAUAUAAAAUUUCCGUUCGUACAAUUUGUUUGUCAACUCUAUUGUUUAGAUGUUUUCAUUAUGUAAAAUAUAACUCCUUUUAAAGUUGUGCACAGGAAUACAAAAGUCACAAGAUCAUAAAUCAAGAGGUUGGUUUCUUGUGUCAUACAAGUGAGUUUUAAUAAAUGCUGGAGCCUGGUAGUUGCUUACAGCAACCAACGCAGUGCUUAGAAUUCUAUACAGUAUGUGAGUUGUUCCUCCUACAAGGUAAUUUUGUCUGUUAAAGGAAGGUGAAAAGUUGAAACAUGUGAGAUACUAGUCAGGAUGGUAUCGAUUCUUAUGUUAUUGUGCUGUGUCAAAAAAUCAUAAUUUUCUUUCACAUACACUUAAAGGUUUUCUUUCAAAACUGCUCGUCAGCAGAUUGACUAAAAAACGAGGCUUGGUCAAAUCUUGUUCUUUAUAAUGGAUGGAAUUAAAAACAAGAAAUAAAUUAUGUAAAGAA